GUCAAUGCUCGGAGAGAGGACUCGGUCAUGAGUUGUCUGGACGUUAGAUACCAUCAGUCUUAUGGAGCCCACCAGUAUUUGCCUGCAGCAGCUUACACCGCUUACACCGCAGCCUGUUACCGUCAUCGCCACUCUCAGCAGCAGAAGUUAGCCCUGUACAGCAAGGUGCAGGAGUCCAUGGAGAACACCUCGCAAAGCAAAGAGGGCGAAAAGGACCAGCCCCCUGAGGCUGAGUACAUCAGUUCCAGAUGCGUGCUGCUCACCUACUUCCAGGGGGACAUUGGCGCCGUGGUCGAUGAACACUUCAGCAGGGCCCUCAGCAACUUUCCCGGCGAGAACCGCAACUCCAAGCCGCUGGCUUCUUCCAGCUCCGCCUGGAAAGAAGGACUGCCAUUUUCUACAAAUCAGAAGAAUUUCCCUGCUUCUUUCUGGAGCAGCACUUACCAAGCCCCAGCAACUCCAGCUCUGAGUGCAAGUCAAACCGAUAUCUCUGCUGCAACUGGUAGUGUGUUUCAUUCCCCAGAUCCCAUGGCAUGGCCGGGACAUGGACUACACCAAGCUAGUGCUCCCCCAUCCAAUGUUGAGCCAUGGCCCUACACACUGUCAUCACAAGGAAGUUCCAGCUAUCCACUUGUCCAUGAGGUUUACCCACAUAUGCAUCAUCCACAUGCCCACACCCACCAUCACAGUCCACAUCUAGACCCACGUUAUGGGUCAUUAUUGGUGCCAUCAAUGAGAGCUGCUAGGAUUACCACAGCAUCUGGCGAAAUCAGAAAGACAGAUCCUAUUGCUCCUGCUGCUGGUUCGUCAUGGACUGGAGCCUUUCAUGGAACUCUUGAGAUGGCACAAGCAGUAAACUUUGACACAGCCCUUUGGUAUGGUGGAUCUCUCACAGGCUGAUGAUAAAUUCAUCUCUGCAAUCUGAUGGAAUGGAAGUAAUGACCCAAAGUAUUUGCUUUUGACCAAUUACCUUCAGAAAUUGUAAAGAUGGAAAAUACGGGGUUUCUAUAUGUGUCUACUUUGAGCAAGCUAGCAAAAUGUCUGAGAGGAAGUGAAAAUUAAACUUGUAGAAUAAAUGAUGAUUUAAGUAAAAGCGAAGAAGUGAAUCAGCAAUUAUUUUUGCAAUGAAGUAACAAAGCUACCUAAUUUCAGCAUCUGGAAAUGCGUGUCAUAGCCUGAUUUUUGUAGAAUUUGAUUGUUUUAAAGGACCAUUAGCAGAAUUUGUUGGAUAAAGAUCUGCUUCAAGUAAAUUUUAUGGAGAGUGAAGCACUGGGUGGAAAGUUGUAUUAGGCACAACAUAAAUUCUUCUAUUUUUGUGGUUAAAAGUAUGUGAAGUAUUGGAGUUUUUUAUAACUGUUUAUUACUCUGAUCUUGUUAAAAUGUAAUGUGACUCUACCAGGGAUUCCUACACAUUUUUUUUUCUUUUUUUCUUUUUUUUAUUUAAUUAUAGUUAAUCAUUUGUGGACUGCAGUAGCACUUUUACCAUGUCCUAAAUUAAAUACAGGCUUAACAUUCUUUCAUUUAAUUAACUAUAGUAAUAUGUUCAUUUUGUUGGUAUUCAGCAUAUUUGUUUUUCCACCAACUUAUUGCAAAAAGAAAUGAUAGAAGUAUUAAAUAACAAUUCUUAUUGAAACCAAAGAGUUUUAAAAAACGGGCAGUGUUUUCUAUUCAAAAAGGCUCUUCAUCAUUAGGGCACAAGUCUUUUCAUCCAGAUUUUACAAGGAUUACUUCCUUCAAUUUUAAAUAAUGAUUAUCAUAAAGUAAAGUUGAUAAAUUUGACAUUCACCUUUAACAUUGUAUGACAUUGACAAAAAGGAAAACAUUGUUGCACCUUAUAGAUGCAAUAGAACUUUUAAUCCAUUUAAGGUUCUCCUUAUUUUAUGCUUUUAGUUAUUCUAUCAAAAAGGGAACUUCUUCCCUUUUAUUCUGUUUUUAUAAAAAAACAAACCUAUUUGGUUACAAGUAUGAAGGCUAUGCAAAAUAUGCUAUGGAAAAGUGAAGAAAAUUGCCCUCAAUUCAUAGGAAAUCUUAACCCAUCAUUUCAUAUUUAGGUUUGUAUUCAUUCAGGGAUUUAAAAAAAAAUCAGACCCAGAAAUUCAUGUACAAAGUUCCCGGGAUAAAAUAAUGCACCCACAACUCAACUGCUUUUGAAUUAAAAUGCAAACUGUAAGUUCUGAAGGGGAUGAAUGACAUUUCAGCGCCAUUUUUUCUCCUAACAAUGUACAACAUGGUAACAUUCUUGUCUGUGAUCCGUUUUGAAAGUUCUGUUUGAAAUUGGACAUUGUUCUUUUUUUUAAAAAGCAGUCAAAAUUCUGUGUUGAAUAUAUUCCUUCCAAGAUGUUACAUAUAUCAUUCUCUGUUUAUAAUUAAGCAAAUGCAUAAAGUGAGACACAAACCAAUGGAAAAUUUGUGGCAAAUUUCUCGCAAUGAAAAAGGGUGUUAUUUUUACGGAAAACUGUAAAAUGCGUUGUUAAUUUUAAUAAACAAAAA